AUGAAGAAGUACGAGGUGGAUCAACGUACAGCUCAGCGAAUGAAUCGACAGCCAAACCGCUACCCAGAUCGACGUACUUUGCUCCAACCUUCACACGAAAGCCUUGACAUGCCGGAUGUGGAGAUGGAGUCGGUGGGGUCGGACAUUUACCAACAUAUCCAUGAGGCGGCGGAAUACGACCCGGAUGAUCUAUGGAUGCCCGAACCACGGCGCCCUCAAGUAGCCGCGACCGGUGCGACUACCGGAGGGGGAAGCAUCACGCAGAGGAUCAGAAUCUCAGCGAUUUCUGAGCUGAAAAAAUUCUCAGGGAAGGAUCGGGAAGAAGACAAAGCACGGACCUGGAUCGGCAAAGUGAAAUCAGCGUUUAUCCGGGACCAAGCACCGGACGAGGAGAGAUGUCUGGUCUUCGGUGAUCUCAUGGUGGGCCCAGCCCGCUACUGGUAUCGACAGCUGAGUAGAUCGACGAGAUUCAAUUGGAAAGAAUUGGUGAACAGUUUUCUUGUGGAGUAUGCAGGACACGGGAUGUCCGCGAGCAGGCAGUACUACCAUGCAAAGAAACGAUCGGAGGAAGAUCCUUUACAGUACCUGUAUCGGCUUAAUGUGAUGGGAAUGCAGGCGAAGAUACCGGUGAUGACUGGAUUGCCAGCUGCACGCAAGGAACAUGUCAAUCAUUUCAUUGACACCUUGGACGACCCCGAUCUGUCCAAUCAAUUGCUACUGCUGAAUGUAGAAGACGCGGAGGCCAUGCAAAAGACACUGCACGGAUAUCAACAAGGGAGAUCGCGUCAAGGGAAAGUGGUGAUGGGAUCGUCCAAAUUCAGGCAGAAGGGAGCUCAGGGUCCAGCGCUGUCUAAGCCUGCACGAGCGGUAAGAAUGGUCCGUACCGAGGACGUCUGCAGCGAGUCAGGAUCGGACACCUGCGGAUCGGAUUUGGAAGAUCGAUUGAGAUCGAUCCAUGUGGCUGCUACCGCGGAUCGCCGUUCAUCCCCCAAUGAAGUUGCAGCAAACGCGAGAUCGGUCGACCCGAACACUCGUCAAGACUAUCAAGAUCGCAAUAUGCCAUUGAAGCCGUGUACUCAUUGCGGAUCGACCAAGCAUGGAGAUCUCGGUUGCUGGAAGCGGCUCACUUGCCAGAAGUGUGGGCGUAAAGGACACCCCUCUGACAAUUGUUUUUUCGUGUGUCGUGCUUGCGGUGAGAUGCACGACCCGGGGAAGUGUCCCAUGCAGGAGUUCUACAACAUGAUCCGUCAGUGGUACGUCCCGAAUAAGCAUGCGGGGAUGCUACCAGAGAAGGCCGAGAAGAUGUUAAACUAG